AUGGGAGGCGAACGUAAGAUCAAGUCUGUAGCCAUUAUUGGGGCAGGCGCUGCAGUUGAGGAUGUGACAAGAAUUCCGGCCAAAGACAGGCCUGAGCAGUGGAGAUUGACUCUGCGCAAGUUCGACGCUGCGCGUAACGUCGAUGUGUGGUGGCAAGAGGUGUUUGAUGCCGUUGUUUUCGCUAAUGGCCACUACUCGGUACCCUAUGUUCCUCACGUUAAGGGUUUAGACGAGUACAUCAAGAAAUUCCCAGGCCGCGUCGUACAUUCCAAAACCUAUCGCAUCCCACAACCUUACACGGGAAAGAAAAUCAUCACCAUUGGAAACUCUGCAUCUGGCCAUGACGUGACAGAGGAACUGGUGCAGACAGUCCGUACUCCGGUUUAUCAAUCCCGGAGGUCCAAGUCACGCUGGGAUGGCGACGAACCGCCUCCAGGCAUCGCCUGGAAGCCUAUUAUUAAAGAAUUCCGCCUCGACGGGCGUGUAAUCUUCGAAGACGACUCAUAUCUUGACGACGUUGAUCACAUCAUCUACUGUACUGGCUAUAAACCCUCGUACCCCUUUUGGAACUCGGAAGCGAAUGGCGGAAGGGCCCUAUACAAUUACAAAAGUGGAAAGCUGAUCAAGACAUUCUGGCACACCUUCUUCCAGGACUUCCAGACGUUGGGGAUUGUUGGUAUACCAAGAGUUCUUACGUUCAGGAGUUUUGAGUAUCAGGCCAUCGCAUUGGCAAGAGUGUUUUCUGGAAGAGAGUCUGUUGCAUUGCCGCCCGUUGAGGAACAAGAGCGAUGGGAGAGGGAGAGGGAAGAGCUUGUCAAGAAGGAAGGAAGAAAGUUCCACGACAUUGCCUGGGAAACUGGCGAGACGUUUGAGUGGCUCAACUGGUUGUUCCGUGUCGCCGGUCUUCCGACGCUCAGGGGCAAGGGGCGGACGCCGCCUGUACUUUCUGAAGAGCUGAUUUGGGCGGUCGAGCACUUGAGGAAGUAUCCCGAGCCCGGGAACCCGGAUGAUGAUGAUGAUGAUGAGAAUCAGCGGAAACACAAAGGAGCGCAGAGUCUGGGUCUUCACGAGCAAAGUCAUGAACAAGACGAGCAGGGUCAUAAGGGAAAGUGGAAGCUGGCUCAGAGGCCAAAGAAGGACCUACUGGAGUUUAUUUAG